UUUCCAGUCGAGUUCAAACAGUUCCAAAUUUAAUUAAAUUUUUAAGUGUCGUUAAACAUAUUGACAGUUUUCAAGUUUUAAGGCAAGUAAAAUGUAAAACACUUAAUUAACACGAUACUCAAUCAAAUCAACUGUUCUGUUUUCAUUAAAUCUCUGAAUUUAACAAAUAAAAGGAAUUUGAUUAAGAGGAUUGGAAAUAAACAUGCUUUUUGGACAUUUCCUGGAAUUAAGACAAUAGAAUGCUCAUAAUAAAAUUCCUAGUAAAUUUUGUCCUGUUCGUUUUUCUGAAUUUUGUCCUAAAGUAUUUAAUACAUCAAUCAAUCAUGUUAAGCGACGAGACAUUCCCUAUUGAUUUAAUUUCGGAUGAAGAGGAUUAUUUUGGGGACGAAAACAACAAUUUUCUGAAUUUUCAAUCGAAUAAUGAAAUUAACUCAUUAUCCUCAUCAGAAAAUCACAACAGUUCUACAGAGACAGAACAAUCAAUGGUAAAUUCAAUGGAAACUGACAGAUUGUUGAGCACACAAUCAAUAAAAUUAUCAGAUGAGGAAGUUACACAUCCAGAAGUAUCAUUUGCAAGUGAAAUAUCCCAAAAUGUCAUCAAAUUGCAACCAAAAGCACCAAUUAAGAAGAAAAAGUCCUUUUCGUGUCAUAAUCUCAACACGAGAAAAAGUGUUGGACAUAAUUAUGAUCACGUCGAAUCAAAAGUUAAAAAGUUGAUAGAAAAUCUAGCUGAAGAUCGUCGCAGAACCCUUUCAAGACACAAAUCAAUGCCUGUUUGUGUAGCGCAAGCACCGGUAAUUGAUGAGACGAAACCUGAUUUAGAGGACGAAAAUAGCGAAGUAAAAAAGGAUCUACGGAGAAAAGCCAUAAAGAUUUAUGAACUCGAAGAGAAAUGCGAGAUGAAAGAUAAUAUAAUCUAUGAAUUGGAACAAGAAAAAUCACGAAUGCGAAUGGUCUUUGAUAAACUUCGAGUAGAGAUGCAAGAAUUAAAAGAUAUUGAGAAGCAAUACAAAAAGAUAAAGGCUCAAUAUUCACCAUUCAAGAGUUAUCGAAAUGCUAUAAUCCAGACAGACGACGAUAGUGGCUAUGAUUCACAAUAUACAAAAGUUCUUAUGCAAGAAUCAGUCAUUAUCACACAACAUCACAAUGAGCAUAAUCAUGUUCUGCUAAAUCCACGACAUUUGGAAUUCGAGAAUUCAGAAUUGGACACAACGCACAUAACAGAAAUCAACAAUACAUCCCUUGAUGAACUGCUUCCUGACUUAGAUUUAACUGCCGAGCCUCACGAUAUUGAUGAAAAAUUAAUAAGCAACGAUAACGAAGCUGCAGACAUUAAGUCCAAGAAAUUGAACAAAAAGAAGAAAAAGUUUAGAUUUUUCAAAUUUGUACCUUGUGUAUCAUUCCAUAAAUAACUUACUUGCUCAUUGAAGAGCCAAAUUAAUUAAUUUUUAAGGAAAGUAAAGCUUCAAACUCUAUAAUCAGAGAAAUAUUUAUAAAGGAAAGCAAUUAAUAAGUUCAAAGUUGAAAAUCCUAUUAAAGAAGCAUUACUGUGCUAUACAAUUUAUUAACUUAAGUAAAUCAAUCUUAUGUACAGAAUCUAUUCUUCACUUCUUAGCCCUCAAACUUUCCGAUAAAUUCUUCUCCAAGACAUUUUCAUAAGUAGCAUUAUUGAUCUUUGUUAAUUCAGCCUCUGAUGUUUGUCUUUCGAUUCUUUGCUGUAUUAUGCUCUGAUUGUAGGGUGUAUAUUUUGAAGACACUAGAUCUAUUUGUCAAAUAAAUUAAUGUAAAUAAAAAGAAGAAAAGGUUUUUACAAAAAAUAUAUUUUGAUUCCUAAAUGACAUUUUUUUCUCUUAUUACUUUCAACAUUAUAUCCA